AAGGAGAAGGGAGUUUUUAAUAGGUUGACCAUUAUAAGGAGAAGGGAGUUUUUCUCUUUCAACAUAUAUUUUUUUUUUGCCAGAGAGACUUUGCAAUUGCAGGGUUUCUUCCAAAUUUUUUUAAAAAACAAAACAAGAAACCUGUUGGGUGUUAGGUGUUCGUCGUAUUUUAGCCAAAGAAAAAUUAAAAGAUAUGACAUUUUGGGUCAGAUUCUUAUUUCAUUCAGGGAGAACAGUUUGUAUUGUUUAAUUUGUUAUCUCGAGUAGGACUGCUGCAAUCUGACAUACGCCCGCUUUGCCUUCACGGAGUUCAACAAAGAAAGAACGGCUAGCAGUUAACUACUUUGAUAAGUAAUGUCGAAACACUAUCGAUUUUCUUUACUAGAGACGAAAAACGUAUUUGAAGGACCGUCUUUUUUAAAGCCCAGGAAUCUUUGUCAGAGUUCUUGUUCCAUGAAUUGUUGAAUCAAGUAAAUAAAUUGCGCCUGGUUUCAGGGUUUUGUGUUUAAAUUUUGUAGCUAGUUUCUCGCACGAACAUUGAUUUCGAAACGUGAAUUUGCUGCGCCUAUUUCGAGCAUUUACUCAUUAUGCAUUGCUUGGCGCGAGAACUGUCACGAGAUAGCGAACCAAUCAGAGCGCACCGUCUUAGGGAGGAAGUCCCCGUAAAGUUUUUUAAAACAUGUUUAUGUUAAUACUAGGCAAAUCAAUUUGGCUCGAGAUUUAGCUAGGUUGUCGCAAUUAAAUCAACAGUGGUUUCAACCCAAAAGGAAUGAAAGCCAUUGGCAUCUUUACAUUUUUUCUGUUACCAUGGCUACUAUUUCUUCGAUGGGUCAGCGGUCAGCAAUGUGAGUCAUCGUAUUCCAUAUAUGGUUAUGAGGUGAAAGGUCACACAAUUCGCGAGAGCGAGGCGUGGGAUGUCGUGGAUUGCAUGUCACGGUGUCAGUCGGAGUUCUUCUGCCUUAGUAUCGCCUUCCGUAAAAACGACAGGAUGUGUAUGCUGAAAGACGCGGACCGGCACACACAUCGUGCGGACUUCGGAGCGGGAAGUCGGGGAGUUCAAUACAUGGAAAACGUGGAACCAUACAAUAAAAAUCGCGUCCAUUCAUGCGCAGACCUCAAAUCUGCUCGUGCAUCCGUUCCGAGUGGGUACUAUCCCUUUAAAUUGCCAUUUGGUCGAAGAAUCGUGGCCUACUGUGAUAUGGAAAGCUUUGGUAUGUAAGGUCCUAGCCUUCCUUCGUUCCUUCUUUCGUUCCUUCCUUUUCGUUUCUUCCUUCGUUCCUUCGUUCUACAUCUACAUCUACAUUGUUAAUUCACAUAGGGGUUACCAUCACUGUGGAUAUUAAUUGUAUAAGUAAAUAAAUAAAUAAAUACAUUAAUUAAUUAAUUAACUAAAAUAAUAAUAAUAAUAAUAGAAAUAAUAAUAAUAAUAAAAAUAAUAAUAAUAAAAAUAAUAAUAAGGCAGAAUAAAAAUAAUAAUAAAAAAUAAAAAUCGUUUAAACAGCAUUAUUGGUAUUAAUAUAAUUUUAAUAAUUUUAUUUUAUUUUAUUCGUUCUCUAAAAAUAUCUGCACUAGUGGAAUCCAGGGUAAGGCGGGGCAGCUUGUUCCAUUCUUUUAUUGUCCUACAGAAAAACGAGCUUCUGUUCUUGGACAUAACUCGAUAAAUUUAUCUGGAUGAGAGCUGCGUAAUUGGCGGGUGCGUCUAUCAAUAUUGUCUGGUAUCUCAAGUGCUGAUUUUUUGUUAACAGCCUUGUAAAAUAAUGUAAGCCUGGCAUCCUGGCGCCUUUUAGAGAGAGGGGGCCACUCCAAAUCGUUUAGGAUGUUUGUGACUGUGCCAGGAGUCCUAUCCCAGCAAUUUUUAACAAAACGACCCGCCCUCCUUUGAACCUUCUCAAUCUGUUUGACGUGUUUCUUUAACCAUGGAUCCCAGGCAGAGCUGGCAUACUCUAAGUGUGGAAGAACGAGCGUUUUGUAAGCAGCUUCCUUAAUGUUCUCUGGGCAAUUGCUUAGGUUGCGCCUAAAAAAACCUAAGGUUUGGUUGGCUUUGGACACUUUGUUGUUUAUAUGCCAGCUCCAGUCAAGUGUGUUCGAGAGCUCGACGCCUAGGUAUGGAUGGUGUUCAACUGGUUUAAGGAUGUGGUUCAUCAAUGUGUAGUUAAAUACUAUAGGUUCCCUAUUUCUCGUGACUCUCAUGACAAAACAUUUUGUUGGGUUAAAGGACAUGAGCCAUUUCUCUGCCCAUUUCUCGAUGGAGGUAAGAUCAGACUGGAGCUGAUGUGCAUCAGAAGUUGCCUCGAUGACACUGUAUAAAAGAGUAUCAUCAACAAUCUUAUGGUAGAAGAUUUAUAAUCAUUGCCGAUGUCAUUUAUGUAGAGUAAAAACAAAAACAUCAGUGGGCCGAGAACGGUCCGCUGGGGCACACCAGAUGACACACUUAUAGGGGCAGAUGAGACUCCAUCAACAAGAACGGAUUGUUCCCUAUGUGUUUCGUGACAGUGUGAGAAAUAAAAUGAUUUCCGUUAUAAAUCUGCAAAAGAAUCAUCUAUGAUUACCUCUGAGUCUAGCUGGAAGCUUUCUUUCCCUUGGCAUAGCGUAUUUUUUAAAAUUUUCCGGUCAAAACGACGCCUCUCGUGUGGAGGGCAUUCGUGAAUUGAGAAGACGCUAAGAUGGCCGCUAGCGGGAAGCCGCUGCACCUUUACCGUUCCUUCGUUCCUUCGUUCCUUCCUUCCUUCCUUCCUUCCUUCCUUCCUUCCUUCCUUCAAUCCUGUCUUCCCUCCUUCCUUUCAUCAAUAUUUUCCUUCCUUUCUUUCAUCAAUAUUUUGCCUGGUCAGUGCUGUUUCUUCAACAAACAUUUUAUGUGGAGGGUGGACGCUUGCGGUUGGAAUUAGCUCAACCGGCAACAACCAUCUGCAACGGUCAGAGUACAACUGCAUGGACGAACAGCUCUGUGUUCCGUUCACUAAUGCGACCAUCACAGCGAGAAAAUUAUCUGAUGCGGACAUCCACCAGCUUGCUCAAACAGAAGGGACUUUUCGAGUCGAUUUCGACUACCGUUACACUGUGUUCUACCGUAUUCCCUCUGGAUCGUCGAACUUUGACUCGUCCUGCAAAGGAUCAAGCUGUCCAAGAAUAACCGUCUCGUACGAGUACCCUUAUGUGUGGGAGUCCAACUGCAAAGGCGUGUCUCUGGGAUACAAGAUAUCUAACGGCUGCCAUAGAGUGUUUGAUGGUCAUGAUGAUAACGAAUGCGGAGCACCGUUGAUUUCAUCCAAAUUCAGCACCAAUCGCGUUCUUUAUGGCUACCCAUGUCCUGGUGAUCCACAACACAGUAAUGGGAUCUACCGAAAUGCCCAAGGGACUUUGUGGGUGCGAUAGUCCGGACGCAAUUGUAGUCUUCAAUAUCGGCACCAGGUUGUGACGUCACCACAGGCCUCCCAACUGUCCAGGUUUCGUUUGGUCACGCGCAGUCUGCAAACCUGUUCCUUUCAACCAAUUUUUUUAUUGCGUUUGACAAGAAUAUCUAAAAUGGUUGCAAUAUAAAAGUGUGUAGGCAUCGACCUUUUUCCAAAGAGGUGCUCCACAAAAGCAGGCGGCUGUUUUUUUGCCUCUGUGUCUCAUGCGUGGGUCAGUACUUCAUGUAGUGUUAAUGUUAGUGAGAUCAUGUGCCAUUCCAUGUUGUCUUUAGAUGACGUACUUACCUUAAUGUAUUCCAGAAUUUUUAUCCAAGCAUCAAUAAAACUAUCCUCCUGCGCAGAGCUUUCGGUGUCGCUCGUUCCCUUUUCUUUCCGCUUUCGGUGUCGCUCGUUCCCUUUUCUUUCCUUUAGAGCAAAAGAAACGAGCGACACAAAAAGCUCUGCGUAGGAGGGUACAAUAAAACGUGA